AUGGGUGAUUUAAAUGGGACGAGUUUAGUCGAUUUGAGUAUGAUUGUUGCAAGUGAUCAAAUGUUGGGCGCACUUUUGGUGUUAUUGGUUUGCAUUACGGGUUCAAUCUUUAACAUGAAAGCGUUUCUUCGAUUGAAAACUCAACAAAUCAAUGCUCCCCAUUUCGCUGGAUAUGCUAGAGCUCAUGUCCUCUUUGACACGUUCAACUUGGUGAGUUUUCUUUUGCACAUGCCUUGGAGUCUCUUGUUUCCGGAAUAUUGGGCUCUUGUCGACAACGCUACGAAUAUCCCUUUCGGUUAUUUUGCUCUUGCCACCGAAUUCUGUGCUUUUCUCUCGUCAAUGUUUCUCACGAUCAAUCGAGCUGCUUCACUUCUUGCAAUCAAUAAAGGGAGUAAAGUUUCCUUUUCCCCUCUAUGGAUCAUCGUUCCCUCAUUCGUUUUCCUCUACCUCGUCAGCAUCGCUUUUCUGUUUCCCGGUUGCAAUUUCACUUUCGAUCGCGUCGAGAUGCAAUGGUAUUUCUCGAAAACCCCAUGCGGCAAUUUCAUCUCAUUCUACAUCGAUUUCAUGUUUAUUUGCUCUUUCUUCACCGUCGAGGUGCUCAUCGAUUUCUGUGUGUUGAUCGUAUUCAGCAUUCGAACCAGAAAAUGGACGAAACAAGGCGCGAUCGCUGGGAAUAAUACGGUUAGAGAGUUGCGGAUGUUUGCACAAUCAUCACUGGCUUCUCUCGGCUUUGUCUACAUGCUUGUUUCAUUUCAAUUCUUCACCGGGAUGACUGAUUCAAGAUUUUGGAAAUUCGUGCACACCACAUUAGCUUGGGAGGUGUCACAUUGUGUUCAAGGUAUUACAAUUAUCACCCUCGACAGCACAAGUAAAUCGACGAGAGGCCGAAAGACGACAAUAGGCGAGGCGGGGAAAUCGAUUUUGAUCACAACGACGACAGGAAGAAUUCGA